UAGCAGAACAAGAACCGAGAAACCAUCUCGACCUCAUUAUUACAUAUUUAUGCACGGCAGGGAGUGGCCACUGUGGUCAGGCUCAACCAAUACGAUCGCAGCGGUGAAAGGAAGGCGUUUCACUCUGUUCGGAAGAUAACUUCUCUAACAGCGCUAACCCAGCAGUGCUUAGGAAAGACAGAUAGAGUCAGGCAGCGGCAAGGGGUGGCUGUACGACCCUCUUUUGGGGGGGGUCUGAUUAUUACAAAAAAAUAUACACACAUAUAUGCAUGCCCCGGCCGCAAGAUAGGUCAUAUGACGAUAAUAGGUAUUUUAGAAAGCAUAUAGCUAUAUAUCUAUACAUUUAAGAUGCCUAUUUUACUUUUCCUGAUAGACACGUCCGCUUCUAUGAAUCAGCGCACUUAUUUGGGUACGACGUAUCUGGACAUUGCUAAAGGCGCGGUUGAGAUCUUUAUGAAGCUGCGUGCCCGAGACCCGGCUAGUAGAGGCGACAGGUACAUGCUAGUUACAUUCGAUGAUCCACCAUACGGAGUUAAGGCGGGCUGGAAGGAGAACCAUGCCACGUUUAUGAGUGAACUGAAGAAUCUGCAGGCGUCUGGACUGACGACUCUGGGUCACGCUCUCCGCGCGGCCUUUGACCUACUCAACCUAAACCGCCUUGUCUCUGGCAUCGACAACUAUGGACAGGGCCGUAACCCGUUCUUUCUGGAGCCUUCGGUGAUCAUCACCAUCACGGAUGGGAACAAGCUGACUCACACCUCUGGGGUGCCGGAUGAGCUUCACCUGCCCCUGACCUCUCCACUGCCAGGCAGUGAGCUGACCAAGGAGCCAUUUCGGUGGGACCAGCGGCUCUUCGCCCUGGUGCUGCGUCUCCCUGGGGCAGCCACGCCCGACAGCGAGCAGCUGGGCAGCGUCCCCAACGACGAGUCUGCCAUCACCCAGAUGUGUGAGGUCACUGGAGGUCGGUCAUACUGUGUACGGACUCAGAGGAUGCUGAACCAGUGUCUGGACUCUCUGGUCCAGAAGGUUCUGAGUGGUGUCGUUAUUAACUUUGAAAAGACAGGGCCAGAUCCGCCUCUGGUAGGCGAAGAUGGUAUGGUUGACCCGAGCCGGCCCGUGUUGUCCUUCAGCCCACAGCCCUGGCACAGCUGCCACAAGCUCAUCUACGUGCGACCCAACCCCAAGACAGGGGUGCCUGUAGGCCACUGGCCCAUCCCCGAGUCCUUCUGGCCGGACCAGAACUCCCCCGCUCUGCCUCCUCGCUCUGCCCACCCCAUGGUGCGUUUCACCUGUGUGGACUGUGAGCCCAUGGUGAUUGACAAGCUGCCCUUUGACAAGUACGAACUGGAGCCCUCGCCACUCACCCAGUAUAUCCUGGAGAGGAAGUCCCCACACAUGUGCUGGCAGGUCUUUGUGAACAGUAGUGGAAAGCACAGUGACCUAGCCCAGCCCUUUGGCUACCUGAAGGCCAGCACCACUCUCUCCUGUGUCAACCUCUUCGUCAUGCCUUACAACUACCCAGUUGUUUUGCCACUCCUUGAUGACCUGUUUAAAGUGCACAAACUGAAGCCAAACCUAAAGUGGCGUCAGGCCUUUGAGAUCUACCUGAAGACCAUGCCUCCUUACUUUCUCUUGCCAUUGAAGAAGGCACUGCGAAUGAUGGGAGCGCCCAACCUCAUCUCCGACAACAUGGACUGUGGCCUCAGCUACAGUGUCAUCUCCUACCUAAAGAAGCUUAGCCAGCAGGCAAAGAUGGAGUCGGAUCGCCUGAUCGUGUCUGUAGGGAAGAAGGCUCCCCAAGAGACUGGGAUAAAGGUGAAGAACCACUCCAACACCCUGUCCCUGGCCCACCGCAAAGACUUCAAGCAGCUGCUGCAGGGUAUCACUGGAGAGAUGUCCCUCCGCCUUGCAGACAUCAACUUCAAGGAGUUUGCCGGCUUUCAGAUUGCACUGCUCAAUAAGGAUCUAAAGCCUCAGGCGUAUCGAAACGCCUAUGACAUCCCAAGGAGGAACCUUCUGGAUCAGCUGACACGGAUGCGCUCCAACCUUCUGAGGACUACUCAGAAACUUAUCAGAGGACAAGAUGAAGACUACCUUCACAGUAUACCCAUGGUUCAGAUGGGCAACUAUCAGGAGUAUCUAAAGAUGAUGCCCUCUCCUCUGAGAGAGAUCGACCCUGACCAACCCAAACGCUUGCACACCUUCGGCAACCCAUUCAAACAGGACAAGAAGGGGAUGAUGAUUGAUGAGGCAGAUGAGUUUGUAACGGGUCCCCAAAGCAAGAAGAGAGGCGUUACUGGGGACCCCAACUCGGGGGCUGCUCUGAAGAGAAGGCGGAGCAUGUCCCCUUUACUGCGUCGGCCCCAGACUCCACCAAUCAUCACCAACCAUGUAGUGGGGAAGGGGUCCAAUGGGAACGGGGUCCAGGGCCAGCCUGGCAUCAAGCCCAUCCCACUGCACAAAGGAGCAGAGGGGAACAGCAUGCUGGGCACAGAGAAUAACGGGGAGGGGGGUGUGGGGCCUGAAUCAGGGGACGGCUGGCCUGGAGUGGUGGUGGACGGUGUGGGAGGGGGCACAAAUGCACUCAUCCUGGAGGAGAGAGAGAGUGAGAGGCCUGGGAUGUGUGCGGGGGACAGUGGGGAGGACAGUGGCGUGGAGGAGGACAGGUUAGGGGAGGGUGGCCUGGAUGAGCAUCCCCCAUCAGAGAGACAGCAGCAAAGCUGUGAGGGGGACCAGGAGAGAGAGCUGGAGGGAGAUGAAAAUGGAGCAGACCAAGCUGAGCCUGAGGCGGUCACCAUAGCCCCACUAGAUGGCAGCAAUGCUGAGCUGCGCACACGGGUCAUCAAGGAGGUCCGCAAACCUGGCCGCAACUAUGAGACCAUAUUCAGGCUGUUGGAGGAGGUGAAGGGGUCUGUGACGGUCCAGAGGUACUUCAUCCAUCACGCGAUCAAGGAGGCUGCCAGGUUUAAGAAGCGGGUGCUGAUCCAGCAGUUGGAGACAGCUCUGGAGUUGAUUGAGGAGAAGGAGCUGCAGCUCCCUGCUGUCCGCCUCAACAACGACCAUGGUAGAUAGUGAAGAAGUGGCCUGCAGGGGUCCCUGCUCAGAAUCACAAAGAUAUGUACAGGAACAGGGUACUCUCCUUAACAAGACAUGGACAGGAACAGGAUACUCUCCUUAACAAGACAUGGACAGGAACAGGGUACUCUCCUUAACAAGACAUGGACAGGAACAGGGUACUCUCCUUAACAAGACAUGGACAGGAACAGGGUACUCUCCUUAACAAGACAUGGACAGGAACAGGAUACUCUCCUUAACAAGACAUGGACAGGAACAGGGUACUCUCCUUAACAAGACAUGGACAGGAACAGGGUACUCUCCUUAACAAGACAUGGACAGGAACAGGGUACUCUCCUUAACAAGACAUGGACAGGAACAGGAUACUCUCCUUAACAAGACAUGGACAGGAACAGGGUACUCUCCUUAACAAGACAUGGACAGGAACAGGAUACUCUCCUUAACAAGACAUGGACAGGAACAGGGUACUCUCCUUAACAAGACAUGGACAGGAACAGGGUACUCUCCUUAACAAGACAUGGACAGGAACAGGGUACUCUCCUUAACAAGACAUGGACAGGAACAGGGUACUCUCCUUAACAAGACAUGGACAGGAACAGGAUACUCUCCUUAACAAGACAUGGACAGGAACAGGGUACUCUCCUUAAUAAGAUAUGACUUACACAUGGUCCAACAACACCCCAUAGGAUGUAAAGUUGAAAGAAGGAGGCAAGAGAGGAGACGACAGAGGGCUGAGAUCCCUCCCUAUCUAUGUGUUGUGACAUUGUGCCUCAACAGCACUCACACAUGGAGAUGGAAGGGUCAGGGGUUAUAAUUCGGGAGGGAGGAGGAGGGUAGUGCCAGAGCCAGACCAAUGUGGAGAUAAGUUAAGAGACUCUGGAUGUAAUCCACUCCAAUAGUGACUGAUGCCAUUGCUGACCAUAUGGCUAAUUCGGUUUGUCCACAGACAUUGAUUAAUUCACACACACCAUAGACUUAGAUAGACAUCGCAUCAUUGUAUCUGUCUCUUUAUGCUGUCUGUGAGAGCAUGGGCAGUGCCAUUGAGGCCAUCUCCAUUUUGAAGUAGCCCAUUUUCUUAUUCUACUACUUCUAUGAGUUGGUAAACAAACUGAAAGGGCGCAUACUGUCCUCUAGAAUGUGUUGUUUGAACAGGUAUAAAGCCAAGGUUUUGCUCACAAGUGUAAUUAUUUGGCUUGUCCCUUCAUGUGAUCCUUCCUGAACCCAUAGGAAGUCCCACCCAGCUGACUACUUCAAAAUGGUGAAAGUCCUUAAUGGCGCUGCCCAUGCUCAAACUGGCUUUUGGGCACUAGUUCUCUAUAUUUCUCUAUGACACACACACUCACACACACGCACCUUUUAAACCAGGUCUUAGUGCAGUUCUGAUUAGUCAUUAUAAGACAGGAAGGAUUUUUCAUGUGAGGCAUGUAAUAAUGGAACUCUUAUUACAGCAAUUUUACAUGUAAUUACUAGUAAUACUGGUAAUGACUAUUGACCAUACAGCUGUAGGACAACUGUGCUCACAUUACAGUUUAGAGCAAUAAGGAUAUCUGCCGACUGAUCAGAAGGUUUAACAUUAGCCUAUUUAUGUUUGAUGUAAGAAACACACUGUGUACUAACUACAUAGGCGUUGUGGCUCACAUGAGAAAUCUGAUCUACCUCAAGUCUUCUAGGUGUUGGAGUGCUGUGGGUAUUUUGUGCUGCAUGGGCCUGCAGGACAAUAAUACCAUGUCAAAUCACAUACUGACCUAAGAUGCCCUCCAUGGAUCAACUGUCCCAGCAUGGGAGCUGUUCUCAAAGCAAUAGCACACUUCAUGUAGGUUAUGUUCAGUAACGUGUGGACUUGGUUCAGUAAAACAUUGGUGCAUUCACUGAGAGGACGCUAGCUGUUGGGGUCCAUCUUGAGGGACUGGAGCCUGGCCUGCUGUCUCCACUCUCUCUCUCCCUGCCUUCUCCUCGGCACUCUAGUGCACUAUAUACGGAAUAGGGUGCCAUUUUGGAAGCGCCCCAAGUGUCACAGUCUCCCCAUUGAUUCUCCCCUGGAAGAACUGUGUGGUCAACCAAAAUCUCUGCUCCCCGUUCGUCGGUCACCUUUUUCUGGACUAGCACAGCUUGGGAACAACCAACCUUCUGUAUUUCAGAGAACAAACACAAGCUACCCAUUUCCCUUUUGUCUUCCCCCCCCCAAAGUUUCUUUUUAAA